AUGGAAGAAUUUCAUAGUGAAAUAAAUCAAUUACGUUCGAGUUCUCAACAACUUGAAAAUGUUGAUGUAAAUCGUUUUGUCGAUGAAAUUGAACAGAUUGGUCAACAGUUGAAAACGUCAGAAGAAUUUCUUCUAAAAGAAAUUCAACGUUUAAGAAACGAUUUAGACGCAAAUCAUUCGAAACUUAACUAUGCUAAUGAGCUCCGAGAAAUCGAUGCAAAAACAUUGAAAACAUUUAGAACUAAAUUUCAAGAUUUAAGGCAACUACUAGUUGAUGUUAAAAAGAAAGAAACGAAUGCAUGGCAUAUCGUUCAGAUUCUUCGAGUGAACACUUCACGUCUAUGGCACAUCUUCGAAGCAGCAGCUGGUGUUUCAGCUACUGACAAAUUGAUUAAUGGCAACUUAGAAAAAGUUCUUAAUUCUGCUCAAAUAGAAAAAGACGAACAAACAACAUGUUUAAUUCUACUAGAAAAAGAACAUGGCGAUUUGCUAAUCAAAAUGAAAGAAAUUCAAUUAUCCGUCGAACAUUUUCGUACAACAAUUUUAGAAAUAACAAAAAAUACAAAUGAAACAAAACUAAAGAUAAAAAAACAACAACAAAUCAAUGAUCAUAUUCAUGAACAAUCAUCGAAACGAAUCAAUCAUUUGACUCUUAACAUAGAAGAUGUUCAAAUUUUACUCGUUGAUUAUAAAUUUCUUAUUAAUGAAAUACAUGAUUUAGUAAAGUUAAUAUUUCAUAUUCAAACACAAAUUGAAAUUCAUAAUAAAACAAAAUUUCUUCAGCAAACAAAAUUAGAAAAAUAUAAACAAGAUCUAUCAUUAAAAACUCUCAAUCGAACUAAAUAUGAAAAUCAAAUAUUCAAUUUACAAAAAACGAUUCAUCAACAAAAUCAAAAUUUCCAACAAUUAAAAAAUCAACAAAAGAAAAUUAUUGAAAAUCGUCAAGAACUCUAUAAACAAAUUGAUACUCUUGAAAUAGAUAAAACUCAAAUUUUAACCAAUCAACAACAACUAAUCGACACUAUUAAACAAUCGAAUUUAAAAACGAAUUUAUUAGACAAGGAAAUUUUUCAUAAAAAUCAUACCAUUCAAAAUUUACAAUAUUCCUAUAGAAAAUUAUUUAAAGAUUGCAACAAACAGCAAAAUAUCACAAAUCAUUUGCAGAGAACAUCUCAAGCAAAUCAACAAAAUUUACAAACGACGAAAAUUGAGAUAGACAAAUUCACUGAACAAGUUCAAAAACAAAAUUAUCUUAUAAACUACAGUGAAGCUGAAUUAGAUUCUCAUACAAAAGAAUUACAAGAUCUUGAAAAUUGCUUAUCCAUAACGCAUGAAGAACUAAGUGAUCAACGUACAAAAGUAAAUGAAAGUAAAACUAACGUAAGAUUACUCAAACACAAAUUACAUAAAAUCAUCGGUGAUGAAAAGCCAUUAGCAAAAGAAAUAUCACAGUAUAGAAAACAAGUUCUACAAAACGAAACUAAUUCUAUUCAAUUAGAAUUAAAUCUAAAACAAAACGAAUCGAAAAUUAAUCAUUAUAAAAAAAUCAUCGGAAAAUUAGUAUUUGAUUCUAAACAAAAUGACGAUAUUCUUAUGCGAGAAAAUGUAUCAUUAGAAAAAUGUCACCGUCAAAUAAAUCAAUCAAAAGAAAAUAUAAAGAUAUUAAAUAAAAAUUUAAAAAAUUCUGAAUCUAAUUAUCAGUCUUUGAAAGAAAUAUUUUAUCAGGCAGAAAAUGAAAAUAGACUAUUGAAACAACAAUAUAAAGAUUUAACUUUCGUCAUCGAGUUACUUGGAUAUCGACAAGCAACUAUCAAUAAUAAAUUAGGACCUUUAUAUAGAACAGUAGAACAACUUACUAAGCAGCAUGUUGAUCAAGUGAAUUCAAUUGAACAGUCAAAAUUUGAUUUUAACAUUCUACAGAAAUACGAUUCUUAUUUACGUUUGCAUAAUCAACGGCUGCGCGAAUCGAUCUCAUUCAAAUCUCAACAACAUAAUGAAUAUCUGAAGUCUCAGAGCAUUUCUAAUCAAUCGAAAAAUUUUCAAAAUCAAUUGCAAUCACAAAUGAAUAAAAAUCCUAAUCAUAUUCAUUAUUGGCAUAUACUGAUGGCAAGUUCACCGGAUAAAUUCAAUAAUAUAUCAAAAUUAUUUUUGAUCAAAAAGAAAAUCGUUCAUAAGACCAAUGAACUUGUAAAGCUAAAAACGUUCUUUCGUGAAAAAGAAAUUUUAUAUCACUAUCUUAAUCAAAUUUAUGAACGAAGAGAAAAACUUCGUGAAAAAAAUAAAUGUUAA